GCUAUUGUAGUGUGAAAUUUGACGUUUUCCAAAGUCUGCGGCAACUAAAGUCUCCAAUAAAAUUGGAAUUGCGUGUUGAUUUUUAUGUGGCGUUCACACAACACUCGCUCUCGUUGCAAAUGAAAUUUCUUUGAAGCAAUAAAAUGAGUUUUUUUUUCUUCUCCACAUAAAUAAACAAGGAUAUUCGCUUAGCCAAGCAAAUUUCAAUAUAGGUGGUUUGAAGCGAUUUUUGCAAGUUUUUCUUAAUUCUGAUUUAUGUGUUGGGUUCGGUAACGAUAGCAAUUCUCAGUGUGCUCUUUGUUUACAUUUGUAUAUGCCAUACAAAUACGAAGUAUUGAAUGUCAAAUGACAUUGUGCUCCGAGUGCUUGAAGAGACCGGUUUGAUUCGUGUUUCAGAGUGGAAUUUUUUGUCAAAAAAAUUCAAAUAAUUUUCGCUAACGAAACGACGAGAAAUUAAAGAGAAACAUAAUUGAGUUGCUCACAUUUGAUCAAAAGAGACGGACACAUUCGGUUGCUCUCGGUGGAGUUUUGACUCUUGAAAAAUGGAAAAUAAUGAAAUAAAAAUCACACAUUUCGUGAAUCCGCAUUUCUUUUUCUUCACAUGGGUACGAGAUGAAGGUUUCAACGAGGAAUUGAAAGUGUUGGAGGAUAAAAUCACGAACAUUGCAAGAGUGAAUGCGGCUGAUAUGAAAGCAGAUGAUUCAACGGUAACUGGCACUAAACUUGGUGAUAUGGUUGGUGUGUUUUUGCCCAAUUGGAACAAGUGGAUACGUGCUUCGAUUAAAAAGAAGGAUGGUGAAGGGAGCACCGAGCGGUUCGGCGUUUGGGCCAUCGACUAUGGCUAUCCACUAGUGUCGAAAGCUUCACACAUCAUCAAACUGCCUGCCUCGUUUAAAGGAAUGUUUUUGAAAAGCAACAACAUUUUUACGGGCGGUAUCGAAAAUAUUAUGCCGACCGGAAUUCGCUAUGAUAUUGCACUCGCAACCAGUGUCAAAGAAAGGUUGUCAAAUUGGUCGCCAGACGCCAUCGAAUUGACCCAGAAUAUUUUGCAGCGCGCCGUCAAAGUGGAAUUCGAGAAUGUGCAUGAAUACAAACCAAAAAAGUCGCAUUUCUUUGGAAGAUUAAUGGUACAGAGGCCAGAUGGGCAAAGGAUGGACAUUGUCAAGUGCCUGUGGGAUAUGAAUAUGGCAGCUUUCGCUGAAAGUGGAUUCGCGGAAGAAGUCAAGACAAGUGAAACGCUUCAACAGCGACACUGGCUUUCUGUCAAUGGUGACAUGUUGAACCUGAAUUUUGUUGUUUCGCCAGUUGCCAUUGCGAAAGACGAAACUGGCUACACCGAUAAAGAAUUCUUCGAUGAUGAAUCUGAAAUUGAUGACGAAGAAGUUAUGCCCGAUGCAGUCGAUGAACAGUUUUUCAAUGAGUCGGUGUCUGUGUUCCAGCCACAAUUCCAGCCAAAAAAUACAUCCCCCAUCAAUGGAGCCAAUGAAUCGCAAAAUGUUUCGAACGGCCCAGCACCAACGUCAAAUGUGUUGCCAUCCAAAAACGAUAGCACCGAGUUUAAAUCAAAGGCUGACACCGAAAAGCAAAGUGACAGCUCAGUGCCAAAAGAUUCAAGCAACAAAAAUGGCCAAGGUGAAGAUAUUCAACGUGCCAAUCGGUUUCGCAGAUACAACAGACUUAAGAAUAACUUUCGACGUGAUCCAAAUUUGGCCGACAAUCAGAAUAGCCAAAGACCACAGCAAUUUCAAAUCCAACGUGCUACCGUUUCAAACCAACAAAAUACCCAACCGACCCAACAGAAUCAAUUCAACCAACGGCCACCCAAUUCGUUUAACUCGUACAAAAAUCAAUUCAAUCCACCAGCGCACUUCAAUCAACCGACAGGCCAGUUCAAUCAACAGCAAGGUAGACGAAGUGUUGGUGGUUAUGUUCCGUCAAAUUUGCGCCCGAAUUUUCGAAAUAACCGCAACCGAAAUGUAGUAUCGAACAAUCAAUUUGGGGAUCCUGAAUUUCAUGCUGCCUUGGCUCAUCCACAACUUUCAAGAAUAACCGAACAUGUUCCAAUGACAAAUGGUCCCAUGAAUCUCCCUUAUCAUCUUCCGAUACAACCAUUUUUGCGCCCUGGUCAUGGUCACGGUCCGAACUAUGGACAAAAUUUCGAUAAAAAUCAAAGAAAUCAGCCGAACGAUCGCCAGAACAAUAGACAAAAUGCUCGGUAUGUGCCAAAGAAUCAGACGAAAAAUGCCGGUCCAGAAAAGAAUCGCAACAACGCCAAGAAACCAACCGAAAAAGUUGACGCAAAUUCGGAUGCGGCAUCGACGUCAACCGUAAAAACAGAUUCAACCAAAAUUGAAUGCAAGGUGCAACGCAUGAACAUCAAAAGUGAGGCAGCUGAAAAUGGGGCCAAUUCAAGUGCUGAAUGUAAGUCAUACGCUGCCGAAGAAAAUGCUGCGGUGAAAACUGAGCCGAAACAAGAAAACACAGACGAAUGAAUACGCAAACGUAGAUUUUUGUUCAAAUUGACAUUUUUCAAACAUUUUUUUUUUUUCAUUAUAAUUGUAUAAGACAACUGCAUGUGCAUAGUCAACAAUACUUUGUUUGACAUGCUGCAGAAUUAGUUUUUGAUUUUUAUGCCUCUUAAAAUGCUAAAGGGGCCAACGAUUCUUUAGAACAAAGUUACAAUAACAAAUAUUCCUAUCAUCGAUUUAUCGAAACCAAUUUGAAAAUAAAAGAUAUUUUUGUCAUAGGAAGAGUACAUCUAUUUGUACCUCACACUACCUAGUGCAUUGAAAAAUAAUCAUGUGAUCACGCAUCGAUAUCUUGAAUAAUAAAUUCAUAUUUUAUAAACUGUUUAUAAAUCAUGCAAAA